CCUAGUGUCAUCACCCUGCCUGCUGACUGGGCAGGGUGACUCCUGAGGUCACCAUCCUCUCCAGCCUGCCUUGGGCUUGGGGAGUGAGGAGGAGGGUGAGGGACGUCUGCUGAUCCUGAACAUCCGCCAUCCAUCAUACCAUCACCAAGAGCAAGGUUUCACACCGAGCAGGUUCACGUGGGCUGCGCUCUGAGCGGCCAGGCCCUCAUGGACCCGAGGUUCCAAUACGCCUACGAUGGGAGGGACUUCAUCAGCUUUGACGACCAGACAGGGACGUGGGUUGCAGCCAAGCAGCUGGCCUUCCCUCAGAAGCAGAGCUGGGAGAUGGGCAAGUCGUGGACUCAGUACGUCCGGUGGUACCUGAAAAAAGAGUGUCUGGACACCCUGCAGAGCUGGGUGCAGCAGGGGAGUGGGGUCCUGUGGCAGCAGGUGCCCCCCAAGGUCCCAGUUUCCCGCAGAGACACCCCCGACGGCUCCAUCACCCUCUCCUGCCACACCAGGGGUUCUUACCCAUGUCCCAUCCACAUCUCCUGGAUGCGGGAUGGAAAAGACAUCCUGGUGGAGAAAGAUUCCAGCGGGAUCCUGCCCAACGCUGACGGCACCUACUACAUGCAGUCGUCUCUUGAGAUCUCCCUGCAGGAGGAGGACAGGCACCGCUAUGCCUGCCGGGUAAAGCACAGCAGCCUGGCAGAGCCUGCGCUUGUCUGGGCCCCUGGGAAGAAGGACCCCCUGCCCCUCUGGGUCCUGGCCUCCAUCGCCCUGGCUGCGCUGGUUCUGGCUGGAGCCGUAGGAGCCAGAGUUACCCUGUGGAGGAGAAAAUCAGCAGGCCCAUGGAAACCCAGCUAAGCUCUGGCAGCCA